UGCAUCAACAACGGAGACUGCUACUGCGAUAACUACUUUUUCAGAAAUGGAAACUAGUACACCAUUAUUAACUUCUCAAGCAACAGAAACUCCUACAUCAAUAAGUCAGCCUACAACGACGAGUAUUUCUACUACAACAGCUACUUUCAUAAUAACGGAGAACUCGACACCAACAGAAAAUACUACAAUAGUAACUGCUGCAUCAACAACGGAGACUGCUACUACAAUAGCUACGUUUUCAGAAUUGGAAACUAGUACACCAUUAUUAACCUCUCAAGCGACAGAAACUCCUACAUCAAUAACUCAGCCUACAACGACGAGUAUUUCUACUACAACAGCUACUUUCAUAAUAACGGAGAUCUCGACACCAACAGAAAAUACUACAAUAGUAACUGCUGCAUCAACAACGGAGACUGCUACUACAAUAGCUACGUUUUCAGAAAUGGAAACUAGUACACCAUUAUUAACUUCUCAAGCAACAGAAACUCCUACAUCAAUAGCGGGAUCUACAACGACGAGUAUUUCUACUACAACAGCUACUUUCAUAAUAACGGAGCUCUCGACAACAACAGAAAAUACUACAAUAGUAACUGCUGCAUCAACAACGGAGACUGCUACUGCGAUAACUACUUUUUCAGAAUUGGAAACUAGUACACCAUUAUUAACUUCUCAAGCAACAGAAACUCCUACAUCAAUAACUCAGCCUACAACGACGAGUAUUUCUACUACAACAACUACUUUCAUAAUAACGGAGCUCUCGACAACAACAGAGACUUCUAAUAUCACGAGUACUUUAAUAAUAACAAAUAGCUCUAUGACAACAGAAGCUACUACAACGGUAAGUGCUUCUACAGCUGUAACUACUUUUACAACAAUGCCUGUUUCUAUAACAACAACCACUCCUACUAUAAUCACUGUUGCUGUAACAACAAUGAGUACUACUAGUGCAAUUCCUGUCACUUGUAAUGGUUCAGUUGAAAUACAGUUACCUAAUGGUACUUGUGUGCCGAAAACUAAUGCUCAGAUAGAAACGGUUAAUAUCUUACGUAACAGGACGAUGAAUGCGACUGCAAUAAUUUAUGCUCUCUCAUUAUAUUUAAGUUCAAUUGCAAAUUCGAAUAUAUCAUCGAAUCCGAACUAUAUUUUAUCAGCUAGUGAGAUUGAUGAAUAUAUUGAUAGUCUCGACAAUUUAACUUUGAUUCUUAACACUAACACGUCAUUUAUCAUGGCCCAACAAGCAGAUCAAAUUGCAAAUGGAACUGUUAUCGGUGGUUCAUUCACGCAUGAUAUCGGUGGUCAAAUUUUAGGUAUUUCCAAUCUUAAUAAUACACUCAAUUCAAAUCUAACAACUGCAGCUUUUCUCUCUAAUGAAUCAUUAGUUAAUGUCACAUCUCUUAAUAUACUGAUCAUUGAUAUGCCUACUACAUAUGAAAAUAUAGAUAAUUCGAGGGAUAGACACCUUGCAUCAUCAGUCAUUGUGAUGGCUGUGAAAAGAAAUAGUUCUGUAUCAAACCCAAUGAAUAUUUUACUAUAUUUUCAAGUUCUAAAUGAAUAUGUGCCAACUGUUACUUCAAGAUAUUUAUGCACCUAUUAUGAUAUAAAUGGUUCGAAAUGGAAUGAAUCCGGUUGUACUACACCUCAGUAUAAUACUUCAUUUAAUCGUUAUGAAUGUAGUUGUAAUCAUUUGUCUACUUUUGCUCUGAUUUGGUCACCAUAUUUCGUUUCAUGUAAUAGUUCUAUUGAAGUACAAUUGCCCAAUGGUACUUGUAUUUCCAAAUCGGAUGGUCAAAUAUUGACAGUUAACAUAUUGCGUAGUAAUACUGCAAAUUCGACUGUUAUUGCUAAUGCUCUUUCAUUAUAUAUAAGUUCAAUUACGAAUUCGAAUACAACAUUAAAUUCAACAUAUACACUCACUGCGAAUGAAAUUGAUACCUAUCUUAGCAAUAUAAGCAAUGUAAAUUUAACAAUAAACACUAAUGAUUCAUUUCUUAUGGCCCAACAACCGAAUCAAGGAGGUAAUGUAAUUGUUUUAGGUGCUUCAUUUAAUCGUGGUAUUGGUGGUCAAGUUGUCAAUACUUCAAAUGUAGAUAAUGUGACCAACUCAUUUUCAUCUGCAGCAGCUAUCAUUAGCAAUCAAUCUUUAAUUGGUGUUACAUCUCUGAAUAUGCUCAUUAUUAAUAAACCUACUACAUAUGAAAAAUUAGAUAAUUCAACUAAUAAAAUGCUUGCAUCAUCAGUGAUUGUUGUGGCUGUGCGAAGAAAUAGUUCUUUAUCAACACCAAUUACUAUUUCUCUUUAUUUUCAAAUUUUACCAGAAUAUCAACCAAAUGGUAGUGCCGAAUAUCUUUGUUCAUUUUAUGAUACAACUAAUUCAAAAUGGAAUGAAUCUGGUUGUACUAUACCUCAAUAUAAUGUUCGAUUUAAUCGAUAUGAAUGUAAUUGUAAUCAUUUAACUUCGUUUGCUCUUAUUUGGUUACCCAGAAUACUACUUACAUCCAAUCUUGAUGCACAAGAUAUUGGAUCACUUGUUUGUCUAUCAAUAUCAAUUAUAUGCUUUUUAAUUAUUAUUAUUCAUGCUAGUAUUAUACGAAUUCAUAGUCCAAUUAUGGGUUUUCAAGCAUAUGAUUUAUUUCCUUUAAUAUCUUCUGCAAGUACAACAAUUCUAUUUAUUUUUUAUAUAGCUAUGGGAAUGACAGUUUAUACAAGAACAUCAUCUAUAAAUGAAAAUCAAUGUUUUUUAAGUUCAAGUGUAUUAAUGUUUUUCACUUAUUUCUUUUUAAUUUUUAUGUUUUGUGCUAAGACUAGUGUUGGAUACUUUAAUUAUCUUCGUUUUGUUCAUUUAUUUCCACAACCAUCACUUCGAAAACUAUUUAUUAUGCUUGGUGUAUCAUUUUUGAUUUCGAUUACAUGGGUUGCUUUUGCAGCUGGAUUUAAUUCAAAUUCAUCAUUUCAAAUUACUCAAUUAUAUCCAUAUAAACUUUGUUGGUUUACACGUCGAGUUAUUUAUUAUUUUCUGACAAUACCUGUUUGUCUAUUUCUUUUAAUCAAUAUAUUUAUAUUUAUUCGUGUAAGUCAACGUAUAAUAAAUCAUGUUCGACAUGCAACAUCACCACAUCAAACAUAUGAACGAAUGAAACGAUGUGUACUUAUUUUACUUUCAUCAUGUGCAACUCAAGGUAUUGGUUGGCUUUUUGGUCCAUUUUUAACAAUUGCUAGUCCAGAAGCUGGAUAUGUUUUGGCAUGGUUUUUUAUUAUUUGUAAUGGAUUAGAAGGUUUAUGGUCUAUACUUUUAUAUAUAAUAAUUCGAUCAAAACAUAUGGAUGAACAAAGACGUUCUAUAGCUGUAAAAGAAUUUAGUAAGACAAAAACUACAAAAUUAGAUAAAUCUAAAACAUCAUCUAUUAAAAAUAAUCAAGAUGGAAAUGAUAUUGAAACAAGAGAAACUGAAAUUAAACAUCGAAAUAUACAAAAAGAAGAAACAAGUUUAUUCGAUGAUUCUUAUGAUUUAAAAGAUGUUAAUCGGCCCAUUGGUGAUGAUGAUGACGAUGAUAUUAGAUUAUAG